AUGUUUGGCGCAUUCCGUCUGACGAACCCACUAUCGGGUGGUCUGCUAUGGAAAAUCCCCUACCGCCUAUCGCGACACCAAAAAUACCGCCAACGGGAACGCCUCCGCCACGUCGACACCGUCGUGUCCACCCUCGAUACCGCACUGCGCCGCCUCGGCAGCAGCAUGAAGAAGGUCGAGCGCUGGAAAGCCGAGAUGCCAACGGAAGCCGAGAUGUUGCCCAAGGAUAAAUACAGUGUCUUUGAUCGCAAGGUCAAGAGGUAUCGCAAGGGAAUUCACAUAUAUAUGCUAACCACGAGCUCCGGAAACACAGAAGUGCCAAAAUGGACACGCGUCAGUCAACGCCUCAAUCCUCCUGGUUUCUAA